AUGGCCGUUAAAGAACCCAUCGUCCAGCGCAUUGAGCGCACUGAUGUGCCCGCUAUCAUUCAAGCUAUCAUCGAAGAUGGUUGCGUUAUUAUCAAGAACUUCACCGACCUCGAGACCAUCGAGAAGGUCAAUGCAGAAACAAAGCCCUACAUUGAUGCGGACAAGCCGUGGAAGGGCGAUCUAUUCCCACCCGAGACUCGACGCUGCUCCAAUCUCGUCGGCCGCAGCAAGACAGCCCGAGAGCAAUGGAUCGUCGACCCGCUCAUCAAGACUCUCACUUCCAAGUUCGUAGACAAGACCACCACGAACUUCUACGGCGAAACCAAGCACACCUACACCAGCGAAGCCAUCUGCUCAAUCGCCAUGACCUUCGACGUCGGCCCCGGCGCCAAAGCCCAACGCCUGCACCGCGACGACAAGAACUUCCACGUCGACCACGAAGACCAAACCGCCACCGGCUACCGCGUCGGCUCCGACGUCAUGAUGGCCUUUAUGAUCCCCGGCGUCAAGACUACAGUCGAGAACGGCGCCACCAUCGCCAUUCCCGGUAGCCACCUUUGGGGCGCUGACCGGGCGCCCAAGCAGCACGAGGCUGUCCCGGCGCUGAUGGAGCCGACUGAUUGCUGGGUUAUGUUGGGCGGACUGUAUCACGCCGGUGGCGCUAAUGUCACCGAGAGUGAGCGCAGAACUCUGCAUGGCAUGUUCUUUGCGCGCGGAUACUUCCGCCAGGAGGAGAAUGCGUAUCUCGCUAAUUCGACCGAAGAGGUGCUGUCUUGGGCACCGGAGGCGCAGAAGAUUAUGGGAUACGAGCUGUCGAGUCCUAAUAUUGGGUUUGUGAAUUUCAAGACCCCGCUGCAGUAUAUGCGGGGUGUGGAGAUUGAUGCAUUUGGGGAUUUCGACCCCUCACAGGAGAAGUAG